GUCUCCCAGCCCAGAUACCACUGCUGUUCAUCUGCCUGUCUACCAGACCAGCCCAGAGUACUGUACCACUGCUGUUCAAAUGCCUGUCUAUCUGUCCAGAAUGAAGCUUAUCCUGACUCUCUCUCUCAUCUGCACUCUCUUCUGCUCAGUUGAGAUGCUGCAGUGUUUCAACGACUCAUUGAUAGUCAACUGUUCAGCCCCUUUGGGAGAAACAUGUCUCACUGCAACCAUCAAUGCAAAAGGUCUCAUCAAUUCAACCCAGGUAGUCAAGGAGUGUUCCCCAAUCUUCAGCUAUGGUGAAGCCACAGUGUCAGUGAACCUGGGCUUCUUACACAUUGCCUCUAACCAGUUAUUUUGUAACAUCGAUGGGUGCAACAAACAAACUCUACAGUCUGCCCCCAAUUUGGCUAACGGAAGACAAUGUCCCUCCUGCAGCAGCUUCAGGGAUACGAUGUGUAACAGCACUGUGACCUGCCUGGGUGUGGAAGACCAGUGUUUUAGCGGCAGAGUAACACCUGGCAUCAAUUCUACUACGGUGAAUCUCAAGGGCUGUACAACUUCCAACGUGUGCAUUUCCCUUAAUCAACUGCUGCCCUCAUUAAGUCAACUGCUGCCCUCAGUGAAUCAACUGCUGCCCUCAGCGAUUAGCAUUAGUGACCUCAGUAAUGUGUUCACCUGUAAGACAGCUCCUGUAACUGUAACCACAGCUCCUGUAACUGUAACCACAGCUCCUGUAACUGUAACCACAGCUCCUGUAACUGUAACCACAGCCUCUGUUAUUGUAACUACAGUCCCUGUAACAGCCACAGCCUGGUCCAUCAGACUGAGCCUAGUCCCUCUGCUGCUGGGCCUCACUAUCAGCAAAUUAAUCUGAUAUAAACAGAGAUGAACAUAUCGGGACUCAUCUGACAACAUAAUGCAUUGAUUAGAAAACAACAUAAUGUACAAUGGUUUUCAUGUAUUGUGAAAUAUGUACUAUAAGUGAAAUUAUGUUAUUUAUUUGGAAUUUUCCAGAUGAUGCCCUGUUACAUUAUAUAGUGUGUUUGCUUAUAUAUGUAUCUGUAUAUUUGAUCAAUUGUGAUUGCUUGUAAGUUUAAAAGAAAUAAUAUGUUUAAAUGCCAAUAAAGUUUCUAUCACUCUACCAA